AUGGCACGUGCUCGCCCACCUCAGAACGAGGGCGUGUUACAGGACAACGGCAUGGGCGAGGCCCAGACCAAGGAGAAAAGAACCAGUGUAGCACAAAUGGCAAGUAGUGCCGACGAAUUGCUCGACAUCCUAGGUUAUCAGGCGGAGCUUGUGAGAUCAAGGUCCACCUUUCAGGUCGCCUUCAUGUCUUUCGUGCUCGCCUCGGUGCCCUACGGCUUGUCGACGACCCUGCUGUAUCCGAUCGCCGGCGGUGGCCCUGUCGCUGUCAUCUGGGGUUGGUGUUUAGUCUGCGCCAUCAUCUUCUGUCUCGCUGUCUCGCUGGGCGAAAUCACCACGGUCUACCCAACGGCUGGAGGCGUCUACUACCAAACUUUCAUGCUCUCGCCGCCCAAAUGGCGCAGAAUCGCUGCCUGGAUCUGUGGAUGGUCGUACACGCUGGGGAAUAUCACCAUCACGCUCUCGGUCAACUUCGGCACGACCCUGUUCUUCGUCGCUUGUAUCAAUAUCUUCCAGGACUCCGAAGGCAACGGGAUCUUCGCCGCCGAGACCUACCAAUACUAUCUCAUCUUCUUCGCCAUUACUCUGCUCUGCAACGCCAUUUCCGCGCUGGGAAACCGGUGGCUGCCGUUGCUGGACACCAUGACCAUUUACUGGACGUUUGGCGGCGUGUUUGCCAUUCUGAUCUGUGUCCUCGUCAUUGCAAAGAACGGCCGCAACAGCGGCAGUUUUGCGUUUGGCAAGUUUGAGGCGAACACCGGUUGGCCGGAAGGCUGGUCGUUCUGCAUCGGACUGCUACAUGCUGCCUACGCGACCUCUGCCACGGGAAUGAUCCUUUCCAUGUGUGAAGAGGUCCAAGAACCCGCGACCCAAGUCCCCAAAGCGAUGUGCGGCGCUCUCAUUCUCAACUGGCUCUGCGGCAUCAUCUUCCUCAUCCCUCUCAUGUUCGUCCUGCCCGACCUGCUUGACGUCAUCAGCGACCCGUACGGCCAGCCCUUGCCGUUCAUUUUGCGCUCGGCGAUCGGCAACGAAGGAGGCGCCUUUGCCCUCACGGUGCCCAUCCUCGUGCUGGCCAUUUUUUGCGGCGUGGCCUGCACGACUGCGGCGUCCCGCUGCAUCUGGGCGUUUUCACGAGACGGCGCGAUACCCGGCUCGAAUUGGUGGAAGAAAGUGAACAAGAAGCUGGACGUACCCCUGAAUGCCAUGAUGCUCAGUAUGGUGGUGCAGCUCCUUCUGGGCCUCAUUUAUUUCGGCUCAUACGCCGCAUUCAACGCGUUCAGCGGCUCGGGAGUCAUCUUCUUGACCAUUGCCUACGUCAUGCCCAUCUUCGUCUCCCUCAUCGGCGGGCGCACACAUUUGAACGAGGGAUCGUGGAACUUUGGCACCAUUGGCGUGGUCUGCAAUGUCAUCGCAAUUGCGUGGUCGUUCUUCGUGUUGCCUCUCUUCAGCUUCCCUUUCUUCAACCCCACCACAGCGGACACCAUGAAUUAUGCCUCCGUCGUCUUUGUCGGCGGGGUCUUGAUCUGUGGCAUCUGGUACUUGGCAUGGGGCAAGAAGAACUACCAGGGCCCUCCGGCAAAGGCGGAAGAUGUCGAGCGACGACGCAGCUCCAUUGUGCCACAUUAG